AUGUCUACCCUCUGCCACAAAACUUCAUCUUUGGAACGAAUGGAGGAGGAAGGUGAUGACGAUGAGGAAGAUGAUGAACUGGACAUCUUUGGGGGUUACGACAGCUUCCAGGGCUGCAAGAGCAGCAUGGGCAGCGACAGCAGCUCCUGUUUGGAUGAGUCUAGUGACGGUGAGGUGGCAGACCAGGAAGCUGGAGAGCUUCUGACCUCUUCUGUGCACCAGCCGUCCACAGGCCAGCUCACAGAGGACAACGGGUCCGAGCCAGCUGUGUGUGAGAUGUGUGGGAUUGUGGGCACCAGGGAGGCUUUUUUCUCCAAGACCAAACGUUUCUGCAGCGUCUCCUGCUCCAGAAGCUACUCCUCAAACUCCAAGAAGGCCAGCAUCCUGGCCAGACUGCAGGGGAAGCCACCGACGAAGAAAGCUAAAGUUCUGCACAAGGCAGCCUGGUCAGCCAAGAUUGGGGCCUUCCUUCAUUCGCAGGGGACGGGACAGCUAGCAGAUGGAACACUGACAGGCCAGGAUGCACUCGUCCUGGGCUUUGACUGGGGAAAGUACCUGCAGGAGCAUGGUUUCAAGGCAGCUCCUGUCAGCUGCUUCAAACACGUGCCGCUCUUUGAUCAGUGGGAUGAUGUGGUGAAAGGUAUGAAAGUGGAAGUGCUGAACAGUGAUGCCGUCCUCCCCAGCCGUGUGUACUGGAUUGCGUCCGUCAUCCAGACUGUAGGGUACAGGGCCCUUUUGCGAUAUGAGGGCUUUGAGAAUGACGCUGGCCACGACUUCUGGUGCAAUUUGGGCACAGUGGAUAUUCACCCCAUUGGCUGGUGUGCCAUCAACAGCAAAAUCCUGGUACCACCACAAACUAUCCUUUCCAAGUACACUGACUGGAGAAGUUACCUCAUGAAAAAACUGGUGGGAGCCAGGACCAUCCCAGUGGAUUUCCACAUCAAGAUGGCGGAGAGUAUGAAGUACCCAUUCCGGCAGGGCAUGCGGGUGGAGGUGGUGGAUAAGAACCACGUGUCCCGGACGCGCAUGGCAGUGGUGGACACGGUGAUCGGAGGCAGACUGAGACUCCUCUAUGAGGAUGGUGACAGCGAUGAUGACUUCUGGUGCCACAUGUGGAGUCCCCUCAUCCAUCCUGUGGGCUGGUCACGGAGAGUGGGCCACAGCAUGAAGAAGACAGAAGAAAAACGCAGUGACAUGGCGAACCAUCCCACCUUCCGGAAGAUUUACUGUGAUGCUGUCCCCUAUCUGUUUAAGAAGGUACGAGCUGUCUAUGCUGAAGGUGGAUGGUUUGAGGAAGGCAUGAAACUGGAAGCCAUUGACCCCCUGAAUCUGGGCAACAUUUGUGUGGCCACUGUUUGCAAGGUCCUCUUGGACGGGUAUCUCAUGAUCAGCAUUGAUGGAGCCACAUCUGCUGAUGGCUCUGACUGGUUCUGCUAUCAUGCCUCCUCGCAUGCCAUCUUCCCCGUCAACUUCUGUCAGAAGAACAGCAUCGAUCUGACCCCUCCAAAAGGGCAAGAUGCAAAGACCUUUGACUGGGAAAGUUACCUGGAAAAGACUAACUCAAAACCUGCUCCAGCACGGCUCUUCAAUACAGACUGCCCAAACCAUGGCUUCAAAGCAGGCAUGAAGGUGGAAGCAGUGGACCUGAUGGAGCCCCGACUCAUCUGCGUGGCCACAGUGAAGCGUGUAGUCCACCGUCUCCUUAGCAUCCAUUUUGAUGGCUGGGACAAUGAGUAUGACCAGUGGGUGGACUGUGAGUCUCCUGACAUUUAUCCUGUGGGGUGGUGUGAGCUGACAGGCUACCAGCUUCAACCACCUGUUGUUCCAGAGCCCACAACUCCAGUGAAGGCCAAGGAGGUGCCCAAGAAGAAGAAGAAACCCUAUGGAAAGAAGAGAAAAAAGUUACCUGCCAAAACCCGCACCAUCAAGCAGACUGUCAAGAAGCCUUCCGCCCUGAAGACAAAACGAGAAGCGAAAGAUGCCAGCAAGGCUUUGCCAGAGCCAGCACCUGACGAGAUCAUUGCUGUGCAGGUGAAAGAAGAAACCAUCGACCCCUCGGUAGCAGAGUUUGGAGCUACAGAGCUUCCCAUUUCCAUCAGCAGCAUAAAGCAGGAGGACACAGACUGA